CUCACCGAGGUCUCCCUGCCCAUGGCCAAGCAGCCGGGGCGCUCAGUGCAGCUCCUCAGGUCCACAGACCUGGGCCGGCACAGCCUCUUGUACCUGGAGGAGGUGGGCCACGGCUGGUUCGGGAAGGUGUUCCUGGGGGAGGUGAACUCGGGCCUCAGUAGCACGCAGGUGGUGGUGAAGGAACUGAAGGCCAGUGCCAGCGUGCAGGAGCAGGCGCAGUUCCUGGAGGAGGCUCAGCCCUACAGGGCCCUGCAGCACAGCAACCUGAUCCAGUGCCUGGCGCAGUGCGCGGAGGCGACGCCCCACCUGCUGGUGAUGGAGUUCUGCCCCAUGGGGGACCUCAAGGGCUACCUGCGAAGCUGCCGGGUGGCGGAGUCCAUGGCGCCCGACCCCCUCACCCUGCAGCGCAUGGCCUGCGAGCUGGCCUGUGGGGUCCUGCACCUGCAUCGUCACAACUACGUGCACAGUGACCUGGCCCUGAGGAACUGCCUGCUCACGGCCGACCUGACAGUGAAAAUUGGCGACUACGGCCUGUCCCACGGCAAAUACAGGGAGGACUACUUCGUGACGGCCGACCAGCUGUGGGUGCCGCUGCGCUGGAUCGCGCCCGAGCUGGUGGACGAGGUGCACUGCAACCUGCUGGUGGUGGACCAGACCAAGGCCAGCAACGUGUGGUCCCUGGGCGUGAGCAUCUGGGAGCUCUUUGAGCUGGGCGCACAACCCUACCCCCAGCACUCCGACCGGCAGGUGCUGGCCUACGCCGUCCGGGAGCAGCAGCUCAAGCUCCCCAAGCCCCAGCUGCAGCUGACUCUGUCCGACCGCUGGUACGAGGUGAUGCAGUUCUGUUGGCUGCAGCCUGAGCAGCGGCCCACGGCCGAGGAGGUGCACCUGCUCUUGUCCUACCUCUGCGCCAAGGGCGCCACUGAGGCCGAGGAAGAGUUCGAGCGGCGCUGGCGCUCCCUGCGGCCGGGUGGGGGUGGCGCGGGCCCCGGGCUCGCAGGCCUGGCUCUGGGGGGCGCGGGCGAGCUUGCGGCCGCCUCGUCCUUCCCGCUGCUGGAGCAGUUCGCGGGCGACGGCUUCCAUGCGGACGGGGAUGACGUGCUGACGGUGACGGAGACGAGCCGCGGCCUCAACUUCGAGUACAAGUGGGAAGCGGGCCGCGGGGCCGAGGCCUUCCCGCCGCCAGGGGGCGCAGCGAGCCCCAGCCGCGCCGCGCGCCCGCAGGAGCUCUGCGCCCCCGACGGCGCGCCCCCGGCCGUGGUGCCCGUGCUCAGCGCGCACAGCCCCUCGGUGGGUAGCGAGUAUUUCAUCCGGCUGGAGGAGCCCACACCCGCCGCUGGCCACGAUCCUGACUGCGCCGGCUGCACCCCCGGCCCCCACGCCGUGGACCUGCUCCCCAAUGGCGCUGGUCAGGACGACGCUGAGGGCAGCGCGGACGCCUCAUUGGCCGUGGAGCCGCUGCUGGGCCGUGGGCCGCCCCCUGGGGGGCCCUGGGGCCACUGUGACUACUACCUGCACGGGAGCCAUGCCCGGGACCCGCCCCGCACCCUGAGCUCGCCCUCACCGGGGACCCUCAUGCUGGCGGAGCCCAGGGAGGAGGACGGUGACUGGGGCUCAGCUGCCUUCUGCCCACCCUUCUUGGAGGACCCGCUGGGCACGUCCCCCUCGGGGAGCUCUGGGGCCCAGCUGUCCCCGGGUGGGGAGGAGAUGGGGGAGGCGGAGGAAUGCAGGGCUGCCCAGCGCAGACACUGGAGUUCUAACGUGUCCGCUAACAACAACAGUGGCAGCCGGGCACCAGGUUCCUGGGACCCGGGAUAUGUGGGUGGCUGCAUGGGCUGCUGCCCCAGCACAGACCACCCCCUACAGGCCGUCCCCCGGCUGGGCUGUCCCCUGGCCCUGGAGGACACCAGAGAGCCUCUCCUUGGGCCACAGGGGGCCGCCUCUGGCCAGGAGCUCGGCCGUUGCCUUGGCCUCCCUCAUCUGUGUCCUGCUGGGGGCCUGGCACCUGCCACUUGCCUGGUGCCAUCCUCCCGGACACAGGUGGCCAUAAGCUGGGGUGACAGCCCCCAGACAGAGCCCAGGCUUGCUGAGGAGGCUGAGGGCUCUGCCAGACCUCAACGACCCCUUCCCUCCAUCCCAGCCCUAUCCCAAGAGGGAGCCCUGCUUCCUGCCGAGGAGGCCAGUGGCCUCGCCGCCCUGCCUGCCUUGCCUGUGCCUGCUGGCGGCUGGGAGGCUGCCUCUCAGGUAGCCCAGGGCCUGGACAGCUGCACUGGUUCCCCUGAGCUGGAAGAGCCAGUCAGUGAGGACAAGGACAUGACAGAGGCCACUCCCGGCAAUUUGUCCAGUGAUGGCCCGCCAGCGGAGAAGCCGGACGUGAUGCCGGCCUCCCGCUCCCUGCAGAAGCAGGUGGGGACCCCCGACUCCGUGGACUCCCUGGAUAUCCCACCUUCCGCCAGCGAUGGUGGCGGCUAUGAGGUCUUCAGCCCGUCAGUUACUGGCACUCCUGGCGGGCAGCCCCGAGCCCUGGAUAGUGGCUAUGACACGGAGAACUACGAGUCCCCUGAGUUUGUGCUCAAGGAAGCACACGAGCCCUGUGAGCCCGAGGCCUUUGGGGAGCUGGUCUCUGAGGGUGAGAGCCCCGGGCCCGAGACUCAGCUCUCCGCCUCCCUUGGAAGCCUUGGCGAGAAAAACCCCUACCGUGACUCAGCCUACUUUUCCGACCUCGAUACAGAGCCCGAGUCCACCUCGGGCCCCCAGGAGAAGGGAGGAUGUGCCCUGGCCUGCAGGCCAGAGCUGGACUGGGAGAGCCCUGGGCUGCAGUCCGCACAGCCCUCCCCUGAGUCUGGGGUUCCCGGGGGGGCACAGGGCACUGGCCCCAGGGAGGUGCCAUCACUGCUCUUGCCGCCGCCAGGCAACUCUUCUCCAGAGCCCAGCAGCACCUGCCCAGAGAGCCCCAGACUGGAGCCUCCCUGGCCCCAAGGCCCUGCGCAAGGGCCUCUAGGGCCCAGCCCCCAGCGCUCCAAGGUUUUCCUGCUGAGCCCAGUCCCACUGAGCUCAGAGAGCCACCGCCCGGACCUCCAGGAGGCCCCAGGACUGCUUUCUGGGCCAGCCCAGCAGGAUCAGACGGGGGGCCCCGGCGCCCCCAGAACCCCAUUCUGCCUGGCCUUGCCGGGACUGCCCGCAGCCCCGGAGGGCCGGUCGGAGGAGGAGGAGGAGGACAGCGAGGACAGCGACGAGUCGGAUGAGGAGCUGCGCUGCUACAGCAUCCAGGAGCCCAGCGAGGAGAGCGAGGAGGAGGCGCCCCCAGUGCCCGUGGUGGUGGCCGAGAGCCAGAGCGCGCGCAACCUGCGCAGCCUGCUCAAGAUGCCCAGCCUGUUGUCUGAGGCCUUCUGCGAGGACCUGGAGCGCAAGAAGAAAGCCGUGUCCUUCUUCGACGACGUCACCGUCUACCUCUUCGACCAGGAAAGCCCCACCCGGGAGCUCGGGGAGCCCUUCCCCGGCGCCAAGGAGUCGCCCCCCGCGUUCCUAGCGGGCGGCCCCCGCACCCCCGGCGCCCCCGGCCGGCCGCGCCGGGCGGACCGCUCCUCCGACGGCUCCGCGGCCUCCGUGGCCGAAGAGGGCCGAGGGUUCGCGUGGGCCGACGGCUUCCCCCCGACGCCGGCCCCGGAGGCCGCCCUGCCCGCCCCCGCCGCGCCCCCCAAGCCGGCCGCGCCCGGCCCCUUCUCGCGCUUCACCGUGUCGCCCGCGCCCGCGUCCCGCUUCUCCAUUACGCACGUCUCGGACUCGGACGCCGGGUCCGUGGGAGGCCCUGUAGCAGGUGCUGGGGGCAGCUGUAAAGAGGCUUGAGGCCCAGAUGGGCCUCCUUGGAGCCCCUGCUGGUCCUGCUCCCAGCGAGGAUGGUGACCGAGAGCGGGGACCUUGGUCUUGGUGGUCGGCAGCAGCUUCCAGCGCCUUGGUGCCCCGCACAGCACUCUGGAGGAGCAGGGCAGGACCAGAGGCCUCUGCACCGGAUGGUGGGGCAGCCCUGUACGCCCUAACGGCAGGAUUUACCCUGGACGCUCGGGUUUGUUGCUAGCUGCUGGGGAUGCCCUAUAGCCUCAGGCCUGAGCAGCUCCUUACCCUACAGCUGCCCCUCCACCCUGACCCUGCUAACGGGCUGCUUGGCUUCUGAGGCCAGGGGACCUGCUCUUGGCUGGGGGGCCUUGCAUGCCCUGCCCACCAGUUCGUGUGGGGAGUUACAGGACACUGUGUCCUCACCCCAGGUGAGAGAAUGGGCACAGGCCUGCUGGGACGGCCCCUCUCUGCCCCCUUCGCCCCUUCUGCCUGGUUCUGGGUUUGCUCAAUGCAAGAAGAGGACCCUGGGCUUACGUGUCCCCCCCCCCCCCACCCUUACCUCAAAGUCUGUGGCUGUGUUUCCCUUCACUGACUCGGCUAGACCCAUACACUCUCCCUCCGCCGCGUGGUCUGGGCCAGCUCCCCCCUGAGUCCGCUGCUGGACCCCGGGCUGGUGGGUCAGGGUGGGCAGCCUGAAAGGUGGGGGGCUUCCCAGCCACACCUGUUCUAGAGGUGCCUGUGGCUGGCUGGCAUGUCCAGCUCCCCCUCCAGGGCACUGCCCAGACCGGCCCAGCUGCGAAAGGACAGUGGGGGGCUGCACCCCCACAGUGCGAGGGGCUUCUGCGUGCAGGAGUGCGGGCACGGGAAGGAGUGGAGCUGGGGGGAAGCGGGGGGCAGGGCAGCACAGGGAAUAUUUUUGUAACUGCUGUUGUCUGAGCGAAUGGAAAUGGGAUGAUUUUAAGUUAUUGUUGCCAAAGAGACGUAAAGUUUAUUGUUGCUUUGGGGGUGUGGGUGGGGGACUUGUUUUGGGUUUGUGUUUUUUGUUUUUGAUUAGUUUGAGGCUUAGGAUGCUGGUGCAAUGAUUUUCUUGUUCCUCUUUUGUUUGUUUUUUAAAAGAAAUCAAGCUAAA